CUCAUCCCGCAGGUAGAGGAGAGUGUCCUCACCAUCGGUAAGUUCCACAACGUGGUAAAGCUCGUGGCCUUCACCCCCUUCAAGUCGGCACAGAGCGCCUUGGAGAACAUCAAUGCCGUCUCCGAGGGGAUCCUCCACGAGGACCUGCGGCUCCUGCUGGAGACCUCCAUGCCGGCCAAGAAGAAGAAGGCGCUGCUGGGAGUCGCCGAUGCCAAGAUUGGGGCGGCUAUCCUGGAGGAACUGGGCUACCAGUGCCAGACCGGGGGGGUGGUGGCCGAGAUCCUGCGGGGGAUCCGCCUGCACUUCCACGCGCUGGUGAAGGGCCUCACCGCUCAGUCAGCCUCCAAGGCCCAGCUGGGCCUUGGCCACAGCUACUCCCGGGCCAAGGUGAAGUUCAACGUCAACCGCGUGGACAACAUGAUCAUCCAGUCUAUCAGCCUCUUGGACCAGCUGGACAAAGACAUCAACACCUUCUCCAUGCGCGUGCGGGAGUGGUACGGGUACCACUUUCCCGAGCUGAUCAAGAUUGUCUCUGAGAACUACACCUACUGCCGGCUGGCCAAGUUCAUCGGGAACCGUAAGGAGCUGAGUGAGGAGAGCCUGGAGGGGCUGGAAGAGAUUGUCAUGGCCAGCGCCAAGGCACAGGCCAUCCUGGAAGCCUCCCGCNUCUCAACAGGGAUGGACAUUUCCCCUCUUGACCUCAUCAACAUUGAGAGCUUCUCCAGCCGUGUCAUCUCACUGUCUGAGUACCGCAAGGGCCUGCAGGAAUAUCUCCGCUCCAAGAUGAGCCAGGUGGCUCCCAGCCUCUCGGCCCUCAUCGGGGAGGUGGUUGGCGCCCGCCUCAUCUCCCACGCCGGCAGCCUGACGAACCUGGCCAAGUACCCGGCCUCGACGGUGCAGAUCCUCGGGGCUGAGAAAGCCCUCUUCAGGGCUCUGAAGACACGAGGGAACACCCCCAAGUAUGGUCUCAUUUUCCACUCCACCUUCAUCGGGCGAGCAGCAGCCAAGAACAAGGGGCGCAUCUCCCGCUACUUGGCCAACAAGUGCACCAUCGCCUCCCGCAUCGACUGCUUCUCAGAAGUCCCCACCAGUGUCUUCGGGGAUAAGCUGCGGGAGCAGGUGGAGGAGCGCUUGGCCUUCUAUGAGACAGGGGAGCCACCCCGCAAGAACCUGGAGGUGAUGAAGGAGGCCGUGGUGGAGGCGAGUGAGGUGGUGGCCGAGGUCAAGAGGAAGCUGGAGAAGAGGGAGAAGAAGAAGAAAAAGAGGGAGAAGGAGAAAAAGCGGGAGAAGCAACGGUUGGAGGCCCUGGCUGCAGCUGCAGAAGAGAACUCCGUGCUGGAGGCAGAGGAGAAUGAUAUUGAGCCAAAGAAGAAAAAGAAGAAGAAGCAGCGGCAGGAGGUGGAGGCUGAAUCAGAGCAGGAGGUGGAGGCUGCCUCGGAGCCAGAGGAGAACGGGCUGGAGGAAGAGCCCUUGCCCAAGAAAAAAAGGAAACUAAUGGUAGAGGCUGACGAGGAGGAGGAGAAGAAGAAGAAAAAGAAGAAGAAGAAGAAGGCGGGGGACUCGGAGGAGGACUAG